AUGGCGGUGCUCUUCAUGCUGCUGCUUGGGCUGCUGCCUCAUGUUGUUUGCAAGGCAUCUUUGGUCCACCACAGCAGGAAGAUUUGUUGCAUUCAAUGCCAUGUAAGAGACCCACUCCCUAUUUCCCAUGACUUCUAUCAGCCGGGAGACUAUGUCAUUGGAAUUCUGGUUUCUCACGUCUUGUUCCGGGAGCACUCCACUAAUUUCAGUGAAGAGCCCUCUCGAAUGCUGACCAAGGAAGUCAUUUACCUGAUGCCAAAAAAUUACCAGCAUGUCCUAGCCUUGAUAUUUGCUGUUAAGGAGAUAAAUGAAAAUCCCACAAUCUUACCGAAUGUCUCUUUGGGGUUCCACAUCUGUGACAAAAACUACAGUCCACAGAAGACUUUUCGUGGCACUAUGGGUUUACUUUCCACAAGGCACAAGUUUAUUCCAAACUACAAAUGUGAUAUUCAGAACAACUUGAUAGCUGUUAUUGGGGGGCUUGUUCCUAGGACCACCAUCAACAUGGCAACCAUCUUAAAUUCAUACAAGAUUCCACAGCUCACUUAUGGAUCAUUUGUCCCAGGGAUGAGUGACCAAACAUUACUCUCCUGCUUGUACCAUAUGGUUCCAAAUGAAAGCCACCAGUACACUGGGAUUGUCCAACUGCUUCUGCAUUUCAGAUGGACAUGGGUUGGGCUUAUUGUUGUGGGAGAUGAAAAUGGAGAACGGUUUUUGCAAGCAGUGGUCCCAAUGCUUUCCCAGAAUGGCAUUUGUUUGGCCUUUAUAGAGAGAACUCUAAAACAAGCUUUCGAUGAUGAAAUCAGAGACUUGUUUUUAAGAUGGUUGAAGAGAUUUCCAGCUCUCCUGAAGAACAAAGCCAAUGUAUUUGUUGUCUAUAGUGUAUUUCCAUCCAUGAGACAGUUGAGGUGGCUUCUUCAUAUGACAGCCUUAGAGUCACCUAUAGGAAAAGUAUGGAUUGUGACAGCACAUUGGGAUUUCAGAUCAACCACCACUGAAAGAGACCACAGCAUACAACCUUUCCAUGGUGCCAUAGCCAUUACUGUUCACUCAAGCAAACCACUGGGAUUCAGAAAUUUUCUUAAGCAUGUCAAUCCUUCUUGGGCAAAAAAUGAUGGUUUUAUCCAGGACUUCUGGGAGCAGGCCUUUAGAUGUUCAUUGAAAAAUUCCAGUAUCACGGAGAGUGAGAAAAUCAAAGUAGGCUGUACUGGGGAGGAGAGGCUGGAGAACCUUCCUGGACCUUUAUUUGAAAUGAACAUGACUGGCUAUAGCUACAGUAUCUACAGUGCUGUUCAUGCCAUUGCACAUGCUCUCCAUGCUAUGUAUGAAACUAAAAUCAAUCACAGAACAUGGGUGGCUAGAGGGAAGCUGGAGCCUUGGAACCCACAGCCAUGGCAGCUCCAUCUCUUUCUGAGGACCAUCUCAUUCAACAACAGUGAUGAAGAGACUGUGCAUUUUGAUGAAAACAGAGAAAUAUCUGCUGGGUUUGAUGUUACAAACUGGAUAACUUUCUCAAACAAGUCUUUUAUUAGAGUACGAGUUGGAAGCCUCAGUCCUCAUGCUCCUGCAGGCAAGGAGUUAAUAAUUCAAGAUGAAAUCAUUGAGUGGCAUAGAACAUUUAACCAGGGGCUGCCCAUUUCUGUAUGCAGUGACAACUGCCAUCCCGGUUACAGCAGGAUAAAGAAAGAAGGAGAGCCAUUCUGCUGUUAUGAUUGUAUGCUAUGUCCAGAAGGGAAGAUUACUGACAAGAGAGAUAUGGAUGUCUGCAUGAUAUGUCCAGAAGACUGCUAUGCAAAUCCCGAUCACAAUCAAUGCAUUCCCAAGAUUAUAAGCUAUCUCUCCUACGAAGACCCUUUGGGGAUCAGUCUAGCUUCGUCUGCUUGUUGUUUUGCUCUGAGCACAGUUUUGGUGCUUGGGGCCUUCAUCAAGCAUCAGGAGACCCCCAUCGUCAAAGCCAACAACCGGAGCCUCACCUACAUCCUCCUCAUUGCCCUCUUCCUUUGCUUCCUCUGCUCCCUGCUGUUCAUUGGUCAGCCUGUCAAAGUGACCUGCCUUCUCAGACAAACGACUUUCGGCAUCAUCUUCUCGGUAGCCCUUUCUAGUGUUUUGGCCAAAACCAUCACUGUGGUGCUAGUAUUUAUGGCCACUCAGCCAGGAUCCAGACUGAAGAAAUGGAUGGGGAAAAGACUGUCAAUUUUUAUUGUCCUUGCCUGUAGUCUCCUUCAAACUUCCAUUUGUAUUCUUUGGCUAAGUACUUCACCUCCAUUCCCAACUAUGAAUAUGAAUACAUUGAACGGGACAAUCAUAAUGGAAUGUAAUGAAGGGUCAGUCUUUAUGUUCUAUUGUAUCUUGGGUUACAUGGGUUUUCUGGCCAUUUUCAGUUUGAUUGUGGCGUUCCAAGCCAGGAAGUUGCCAGACAGUUUCAAUGAAGCCAAGUUUAUCACUUUCAGCAUGCUGGUGUUCUGCAGUGUUUGGCUGUCCUUCAUUCCAACCUACCUGAGCACCAAGGGCAAAUACAUGGUGGCUGUUGAGGUAUUCUCCAUCUUAGCCUCCUGUGCUGGGCUUCUGGGCUGCAUCUUUUCCCCUAAAUGCUACAUCAUUGUGAUGAGGCCCAAGCUGAACACCAAAGAGAGGCUGAUGAGGAAACAAUAA